AUAAUCGAAUAACAGUUUCAAAUGUUUCAACUUGUCAAAGCUUUGCAUAUUUAUUCGCGUCAUACUGCACCAUUUCUUUUGUACAACGUAACCGUGACUUUGAUCGCUUAAUUUGUAUUGCAAAAUAAUCGAAAAUGCCGCGUCAUUCCUGUAUCUCGUGCUAUUUUCUAUUAGAAUAUCGUUGAUAGGUGCAGUGAAUAGCAUGGACUUUGGGUCAAAGAAAUUUUCGCGUGAAUGUCAAUAAAUGUAAAAGAUCUGCUGUAUCAGGCUCGUCGACGACAUAGGGUUAUUUAUAAACGGAAGCAGCCCGUCGUGACUAGUGGAGGGUAAAGUAUCAACAAGAUUAUUUAGUGAAUAUAUCAUGACUACUUUUAUAGAAACAAAUAGAGAGCAAGUGAUUGCUUAUUGAAAUUUUUAAAGACAACUUAUUUUUGGAAAAAUAUUUAUAAAAAGAAACAAGUUCAAUAUUCACAAACACAAGAUGCCUGCUCCAUCUCCACCACCUAGCUUACCAGAAGCACCAUCCGUCGACGAAACAAAUUAUAACAAUAGUGAUAGUCUUCCAUCAUGGGCAAAGAUUACACUCACCUCUGCAGAAGCAGAAAUAGAAAAAUUUAUAGCUAGAAAUGAACUUAAAGAUGCUGAGGUUACAUACUUUUGUCAGGUGGAACCAAUCAUCCAGGAUGGUCCCCAAUGUGGUUUAGUUGCACUUGCUAUGGCAUCGCAAGAAUAUACAAAACCAGUUUCUGUGAGUCAACUUCUUGCAGAAGCCAGAGUUCGUGGAUUUACUCAACAUGGAGAAGUUUACAGUGUAGAUUUUAUGAGCACACUAGCAGCAGAGCAUUUACCAGAUCAUAGGCCUGAAAUACUAAUGGAUUUGCAAAGCUGUCCCGAUGCCGUAACACAUACACUUGCACAUGGAGCUAUGAUUUUAGUUCCAUAUGAUGCAGAUUUCAAUCAUGCUCCAUGUUUAAAAAGAGGGCACAAAGCACACUGGGCAUUACUUGUUGGGCUUAUUUCUUCGAGACAAGGCUAUCACGUGCUGGCACGUCAUGGCAAAUCACGACAUUUGGCUUGUUGGCCAUUGCGCGAUCUCCUCGAAAGUAAUGGGAAUUUAGAGGAAGAGGGUGCAACAAGACACGCCGGUGGUUACGUUAUACCAAAAGGCGGGGUCGGUGGUCAGCGAGGCCUUAGAGGACGAGCGCUUGCUUUGCAUCCUUAUGACUGAAAGUUAGGCUUAUUUUGAAACUAUAUACUCUUCUAGUACAUCAAUGUUUCAUUGAAAACGGUUUGGCUCUGAAGUAUUAUGUUUUCUUACUUCACAUAUUAAUACAUAUUUUACAAAUAUAAUUUUACUUUUUAUUUUUUUCCAAAUGAUACCUACGAUUGACAAAAUGUUCUACUAAAUCCACUUAUAUUAAUUUUUUAAAUCAUUAUAACAUUUUUAGCGCUUUCUAAACAAAUAUGAAUUGUAUUUGUUAUUUUUAUGUAUGAUCUGCUGUAUGUAGCUUUAACAAUUUUAAUAAAGAUUAAAUAGAAUUGUUAAUUUUGUUUAAUAAGGCAAUACCGAGCUCAAACGUUUUCAAUGAAAUUCUCUGAAUUAAAGACGAUCUAAAGAAUUGAUAUCACAGUGAGAGACCAAGACUACUGGUAUUAGUCUUAGAUAAUGUCUCUAUUACAUUAAGUUGAAUAAUUAAAAGUAAGGUAAUAUUUGAUGUUUGAGUUUUGUCUGCGCAUGUAUAUAGUAACUAAAAUACUUGUGAAAGUGCAAGAUUUAUAAGCUUAGCAGCUAUAAUGUACAUAAUUGUUGUAUAUUUUUCGUUUAAUUGAUAUAAACUAAUAAUUUAUAAUUGGUUCAAAGUCUGUCACUGUGAUAUAUAUAAAAUGAAAUUGAAACAUAGAAGUAAUUAAGUGGGUUAUGAUAUUAUUUAUGGUUCAUCAUCAAUUCAUUACUGUUGAAAUAUUGGUCAAACUGUUGAAACUAAGGUAUAGAAAAAGUAACAUCAUAAUGAAUAUAAAAAAGGACGUAAAUUGGAAAAAUAUGAUCUACAUAAACAUCGAUAUUAUUUUAAUUAAGUUACAGUCAUGAAUUACCAAUAAUAUUAAGAUUUAUCUAAUAAAUAAUUUUGUUGUUAUAAACAAAGAAAAUGUGGUAUUAAUGUAUUCUAUUAUGAUCUCCCUCAUAAUGUUUCUUUUAUGCUUGUAUUACGUAUAUUUCUAAUCACAUUUUUCUCUUUACUUUUUCAUAAUUAAGUAAAGGAUAAUGCAGCUAAAAAUUUUAUAUACAAUUAUUUUCGAUCGACAUCAAAUUUGAAUGAUAUGCUGUGUUGUUUAUAUUGUGUACUUCACGAGCUAUCUAAUCAAGAAUUAUUAAACUGAAUGUAUUGAAUGUAAUUUAAUUUUGUUAAUUGUUAAUAUGUUUCAUAAGUGUUCAGCUUGUUCAGAUUGCGGAUAUUAUAAACGAAAUUUCAUUAUAUACAAUAUUAUUGACAUAACCAAUUUUUCAUUUCCAUUGCAUCCUUUAAUUUUUAUAAUCAUCAUGUAAAUAUUAAAAAUUUAAUACGUAAUGUUUCACCAAAUAAAGAGCUCAAACCAAAAAUUAAAUUUUACAUUAAGUUGAACUGUUAAAAAUGAUAUAUUUAUUUCUAAUUUUUAAACAGAAUUGAAUAUAAUUAACUCUAUAAAAAAUAAAUUGACUUCUUAUUAUAGUUGAAGUAAUCUUACAUCUAGUUUUAUGUAAUUGGUGAAUUAAUAAAGUAAAUAAAACAUGGUUACUAAAUGCGUUUACACUUAUAUUUCAAGCUUACAAACAUCAACAACAUAAUUUAUAAUUUUCGAUGGUUGUAUACUAUAUGUCAAUAUAUACGGCAUGCCAUAUAUACAGUAUGAUAUUAUUGUUUUUGCUAUCGACUAAUUAUUUUUCAGUCGUGAUUGACUCGUUUCUUCGUGACUCAGACCUAUAGAAAUGAUUUUUUUGUAUAAUGCAGCAAAAAAUUUUUAGCCAUUCAUUACAGUAAACAGCAGCCAAGAAAAACAAAGUAUAGAAAAAUUAAAACCUUUAUUAUCUAUCAAAUGGUUUUGAUACUUUGCGUUUGUUAUUAAAAUAUGUAGUAUUCACAAACAGAUUCUGUUACCAGAUAGUUUUUGGCAUACAAUAAAAAUCUUUUGUUAAAUUAAAAUAUAUUAGAAAGUUUUAUCACAUAUAGUAUUUUUUAUUCGUACAUUAAUGAGUUCAAUUAAUAUCUUGUUUCUAAAGUUUCAUUAAUAAAUAAUAAGACUCAUUGUACAAUAUUUCUUGUUUUAUAUAAAAUGAUUUUUUGCAUAUAUAUUCACUUUACUUGCUUUAAUUGAACUCUUUAAUAUCAAAAUAUUAUGUAUUAUUGAUCGUUUAUUUAUAUCAUCAAUCAUCAAUUAUAUAUAUUUACACGUACAUUUACAGUUAGACAUCCUUGGUUACGUAAGCACAGUAAAGACGUCUAGAAUUCAAUAUAAAAAAGUUAAAUCAGCUUCUUUUCAUUAAUUUGUAAAUAAGUUGGAACUUUGUGUCAGCUUAAAAUUCUUUUACAUAUAUUGUUCGAUAAAAAAGUUUUUUUCACUUAUUUUCUCAAUCAUAUUAUGCAGAACAAUUUAUUUUUAAAUUAUUCAUUAAAAUAUAUCCGCAGAUUUCUAUAAUUCAACAAUAAUAAUUUGCAAUAAAAUCGUUCGUAAUUUUUCUCGUUCAUUCUUUUUUUAUACAAUUCCUAGUUAUAUUGUACAUAUAACAAUGCAAACUUCCGUAGAAGGUAUGUUCGUACAAUGACUCGAAUACAGAAAAUGUAUUCGUAAAAACAAUAGUUCAUAUAUAUAUGGUUUUAUUCUUUAACAUUUACAAGCAAGAUUGAAGAAAAAUUAUGUAUUGAAUUUUUUCUUUUUCACUUUAUUAAUCAUUUGCACAAUCAAAUUUGAUUGUUUGAAUCUACU